UUCUGUCCCUAAUCAAAGACCUAUACACAGUGUACUUAUAAGUAUUAAAUAAAUGAAUCACUAAUGUGCAUUUAGAUUUGAUUGGAAGUGAAAACUAGACAAGACAAACCUGACAACAUUUUUGUCCAGUGUUUUUCUUUCCCUUUUUAUUCCUUUGACACCUACUUUGUUUGUUUUUUGUUUUUCACCUUUUUUUUUUCUUCUGAUAAUCAUCUUCAUGUAUAGUUAGAUACAUAAAUAAGGAAAUAACCAUAUAGUUAGUUUCAAAUGGAAAUGGCAAUGUCUUUUAGUUUAAGGAAUAAGCUUAAGACUCUUUGUGCUUACGGGGAUGGUUGGUCUUAUGCCAUUUUCUGGCGCUUUCAUCAAAGGAAUCCUAUGUUGUUGAAUGUGGAAGAAACAUACUAUGAAGAGCAAUUGGGAGAAGAGAUUACAAAAAUAGUUCCACAAGUGCAUUUGCUGGGUGAAGGUAUUGUUGGUGAAGCUGCUUUCACAGGGAAGCAUAGUUGGUUGCAUUCAGUUAGUUCUGAGGAUGAUUCUGGAUUGUAUCAACAAUUAUCUUCUGGGAUAAUUAAGACAAUUGUAGCCAUACCUGUCAAUGCAUGUGGAGUGGUACUGUUUGGAUCCAGAAAUAAGAUUUUGGAGACAACAGAUUUUUUGGAUCAAACACAAAGUUUACUCAAGGAGAUAAACGGUAUUGACAUGAUAGACGGGUCAGGAAAUGAAGUUUUAUCGAUGGAUUUUACAAAUGAUGAUCUCAACGGGUUGCUAGCUUCCAUUUCCUCUAAAAAUUCAUGUGAUUGGAAUCUAAAAUAUGCUCAUGAAGAAAACCAUAAAGAUCUGAGAGAAGUUUUUUCUUCGUUUGAAGAAGGAAUAACUUCAGUAGAAUUUGAUUCUUCAUCUUUUAAUGACCAAUUCAAAGAUACCAUAGAAGCUUUUUUGCAGCCUAACUCUUCUAUGAACAACUUGAUUUCCAAAAGUACCUCUCUUUUUGGUGAAAAAUCUUGUUUUGAGUCAUUGGAGCAACAAUUUGUAUCUGAAAUAAUGGCACAGGAAGUUGCAGAUGUUUCAACUUCAUUUGCUAGCAGCAUAGUUCAAGAUACAGAAUUGACUUCAUUGCAAAAUAUGGACAGAGUUUCAUUUCAAGACAAACAUUCUUCUCAAUCUGAUGUUGUGAUUGAAGUUGAUUUACCAUCAAGUUCAAAAACACUACUACAAGGAAUCUCUAAUACCUUAGAGCUGGUCGAUAUGUCCGAAGAAUUUUUGAAGUUCAGUUCCAUGGAUGAUCUUUGCCAAUGGUUUGCUCCUUCAUCAGAGGAUACUAGUAUCUGCAGAAAAAUGAUUCAAUUGGAUAAUACCCUUUCUGAAUCAAUAGAGUUUAAUCCUGAUUGCACUGAUCUAGGACUAGCUGAGAAAGAAACAUCUGUAGUAAUACAUAAUUCUGAGAAUGGUUUCUUGGAUAGCACGGAAUUUGAUCUGGGAUGCGAUCAAGGUAGUGAAUGGUGGGGGAAUUUACUUACACCAGUGGUGAGUGCUGAUACUGAUAAUACUGGCUUUUCUGAAUGCAUAUCAGAGUUGAAUACCGGUACACCGACUGAUAAUACUCGGAAGAGGUUAUUCUCAGAGUUAGGAAUUGAAGAGCUUUUGAGAGGUGAAGCAAUUUACAACAAUCCUUUUAAUAGUUCUAAUUUUGAAAAUGAGCUGUUAUCAUCUAAUAAAAAGCAGAUGGUAGAACUUUCUCCCUUGAAUCAAACUCAAGUACAUUUUGCAAACCUUGAUGGAACUGAAACUAGACCAAACUUGAUGCAUUCUGUUUCUGACUUGGACAAGUCCAAUAGUGUUAUAACAAGGAAAGAUACACUCCCAAAAUUACAAGUAGGUAUGUUGGUUAAUGAUAGAAAUAGCAUCAACCUUAAGAGGGCUGUUCCGGUACACCCUAGAAAACUGGACGAGCCCGCAAAGCCCAACAAGAAGAAGGCUAAGCCGGGGGAGAGCACUCGGCCACGACCAAAAGAUCGGCAGCAGAUUCAAGACUGUCUUAAAGAGUUGCGUGGCAUCAUCCCUCAUGGUGGAAAGUGUAGCAUCGAUUCUUUGUUAGACCGCACCAUCAGAUACAUGCUUUUCUUACGCGGUGUCAUCAAAUAUGCAGACAUACUACAAGAGCCUAAUGAGACAAAGCUUAUUGAGCAAGCAAAUGAAGUGGUUCCAAAAGACAGCAAUGUGGCACAUAACAAAAACCAUGGUGCUACAUGGGCAUAUGAAGUAAAAAACCAAACAAUGGUAUGUCCAAUUAUAGUCGAGGACAUGAAAUCACCUGGCCAAAUGCUUAUAGAGAUUCUUUGUGAAGAUCAAGGUUUCUUCCUUGAGAUAGUCGACAUAAUUCGAGGUUUCGGGCUGAAUAUCUUAAAAGCAAAGAUGGAAACAAGGAAGAAAAAACUAUGGGCACACUUUAUUGUUGAGGCAAAUAGACAUGUGACGAGGAUAGAUGUGUUUUGGUCACUUAUCAAUCUUCUUCAACAACCAAACACCGCCGCAAUCGAUUCUUCUAAUAAGCAUUGCAACACUAUUAAUUAAUCCCAACAUUGUUUAACCGCGGCGAUUAAGAGGCGCUUAAGUGAUUUCAGAGCUUCAUUAAGCACAUUUGGAAGUUUAAUAUAUCUGGAAAAGAAGAGUAUUAUCAUCACAUUUCUACAGGUCCUAGAAAGAAACACGAUAUGUUUGUACAAAGAAGGUAGAUUAGAAUACACUUAGCAGUGAAGAAGCCUUUACAUAUUCAAGAAUUUAUGGUUAAAUUUCUGUGUCCAUGAGGAUGUUACAAAUAAAUUAAUCGUUUUGUUAUCUAAAUUCUCAAGUGCUAAAUAUAAUUAUUUUCAUCAGCAUGCA